CUCUCUCGCUCUAACACACAUAACUCAAAUAUUUUGAAAAAAAAAACUCUGUUAAAAAUUCUUUUGCCAAAUGCCUAGCGAUCAUUAGUGGCGGCGCAGCAUGCAGGUAGGCUACAAGCUGCGCCGGGCGCCGCAGCCACGCCCCCUCGUCCGUCAUCUGAUGCGCAGCAUCUUGCAGCUGCUACAGAGCACACAGCGUCCGAUGCGCGAUACGGAAAUCGUUUCAACGCUAGCCGCGCGCCUGCAUCGCAGCGAUCCGGAAUUCCAGCGCCAAGUGUUACUGAAUCUGCACGAUGCGGUCAGCUACGGCAUACUGAAGCGCCAGCUGAAUGUCUACUCCCUGCGCUCCAAGCAGCUGUCGGCAAUCAUGGACAGCCUGGCGCCAAACAGUAGCGGCAGGACCCAGCGCUGAGCAUUUUGAUAUUCUGCAGAUGACUAAAAAUUACAUUUGAGUGCAUCGAUAUGUUUUAUAAUAAAUCAAGUACAUAGUGAAC